CCAACUGAUCGUUGUUGUGCUUAGCUUUGUUUGUUAGGGACGUGAUUUAUCGCUUUGGAUCUCAUUCUGUGUUUUGCCUUAACAGCGUCAGCAACUCUGUUUGGAGAUGUACGCUCGCAGCACGUCCCCGGUAGAGAAGCAUGCACUGAAGUAGCGGUGCUGGAUAUUCAUUCAUUUGUAGACUUUGGCAGUUUUCGGCGGCAUCGUGGAAACUGUGUUAUCGGUUCUCUAUGUGCCCGUGCGCACGUGUAUGUUUGUAAUCCUUCUGUGAAUCUCAUGCGUUUGCUACUUUUGAUUUCAUCGGCUGUGGAUUCUUUGUGCGAACUUUCGACCGUUUGAGCUUCCGACCGGAACGAAAGAUGACGUACUUUCGCGAGUGACACUGCUACCAGGUCUGGCGGCGCAGACAGAGCUCAAGUUUGACACUGGUUGGAGCCGUAAGGAGGCAUGCUACCAUCGGUGAAAUCACUGGUUCUGGCGACGCUGUUGGCGGCGGCGUCUGCACAGUAUGUAAACUACCAGGACAACAUCAUCAGUGACCUGCCCACUAUGUAUCAGCAACCUACGCACCUUGUGGUGGCCUCGAAGCUGGUGCGGCCGGGCCAGACGUAUAGGCUAGCCGUGACCCUGUACAAUAUUAAGCAGUCCAUAACGGUGCUGGCGUCGAUCCAGCGCAAUGGUGUAGAGGUCACUCAGGCUGUGCAUGAGUGCCAAGCCUCCAUACCUGAGCUCAUUCUCCUCAAGGUGCCGGCGACAAGUGUCCCUGGAAUCUACAGGCUUCGUGUUGAGGGCAACAUCAACGGCGUUCUUGGUGGAACAGUCUUUGCCUACGAAAGGCAGCUGCAAUUCUCGCAACGCUCAAUGACAAUAUUUAUUCAAACUGACCGACCUCUAUACAGACAAGGUCAAAUAGUCAAAUUCAGAGCACUGCCCAUCACUACCGAAAUGAAGCCAUUUUCAGAUGCGGUGGAUGUAUACAUGCUGAACCCAAACCGCACCAUAGUACGAAGGUGGCUUUCACGACGAACAAACUUAGGUGCUGUGAGUUUAGAAUACCCUCUUUCUCCACUGCCGUGUUUUGGAAAGUGGACAAUACAAGUUAUUGCUCAGGGCCAAAUUGAAGAGAAGGGGUUUGUUGUGGAGGAGUACUAUCAAACGAGAUACGAAGUUAACGUGACAACACCUUCCUUCGUAAUAGCAGGGAGUGAAUAUGUCCAUGGAACAGUCGUGGCAAACUUUACGAGCGGCGGAGCAGUUAAGGGAAACCUCACACUUCGGGCUACUAUAGAGCCUGCGUACCCUACUUAUGAUAUAAGGCGAGACUCCACUCGUUACAUAGAACAGGUCUACAAGCAGUUUGACGGUGUUCAGGAUUUCCGCUUCUCACUCUGGGAGCUCUCGCGAAUGGUCUCUCGUAUGGAUGGGAUGAAAGUGGUCAUCGCCGCACUGGUUGGCGAACGCUUUCUUGAUCUCAUAGAGACGGGCUUUUCCGAGUCGCUCAUCGUCAACUCCAGCCUUCGACUCAACUUUCUCGGUUCUUCGCCCCAAGUGUUCCGCCCUGGGAUGCCAUUUAAGGCAUAUGUUGGCGUGACGUACUACGACGGGUCUCCGCUGCCCGCCCACUACUUCGCGGGACGACGUAUCGAUGACAUGUUGCACGUGACACCAUCAGUCACCUUUGCUAGCGGCGGACCCGGAGGGAAGCAGUAUCUGAACCCGGUGCCGGCAGCUAUUCAAGGUUACCCUGGGAUGUGGGAGGUGUUGCUGGAAGCCAUUCCGGGGAGUAGCGACCCUAGUUGGGCCAGCACUGUACAGUCCAUCAGGUUGGAGGCGGACUUCCUCGACCCGAAUACAGGGAAUGCACGAGCCGACCUGCUCCUGUACUCCUCAUACUCUCCCACCAACCAUCAUCUACAAGUGUCGACAAGCACAAAACAUCCAAAGGUUGGGGAGUUCAUCAUCUUCCACGUCCGAUCCAACUACUACGUUGAAUGUUUCUCAUAUGUGGUUGUUUCUAAGGGCAUCGUACUGUUGUCUGGCCAAGAGAAAAUGACUUCAACUAUAAAAACAUUUGCGGUGCCACUGUCACCAGAGAUGGCACCUACAGCAACAGUCUUAGUUUACGACCUUGCCCGUGGAAGGGAAAUUAUUACCGAUAGCCUUACAUUUCCCGUCGAUGGCGUUGCAAGAGACAAGUUUACUAUGGUCGUGAACAAUCGCAAGGAUAAGACGGGUGAUACUAUUGAAAUUGGAGUCUAUGGUGAACCAGGGACCUAUGUGGCUCUUUCUAGUGUUGACCACAUUUUGUACAAUAUGCAGGCAGGAACUGAGAUCAGCCAUUCUGACGUGCUACGAAAGAUGAAUUCUUUCGAUUCGGAGGGCAACGGUACACUCAUGCAAGAGUGGCUCUUACGAGAUGGGAAUGUGGUCACAUACGCCUGCUUUCCUGCAAAUUCAUAUGGACUUGAUGCAAACAGAACUUUUGAGUAUGCUGGAUUGAUGGUUCUCAGUGACGCAAACAUUACCAGGAGAAGAGAAGAAUGCAACAUUACAGCUGGAUAUGGCACUUGCUAUGAUGGUGCUUGUUAUCGUUUGGCACGGCGUUGUGAUGGGUAUUUUGACUGUGAGGAUGGAUCUGAUGAAUCGGGAUGUAUGAGGGAAGGAGAGCUUGAUAUCUCUACCUUUGAAAUGUACCGUAGGAACAGAAUCGAUCGGCAUUAUACAAAUGCAUGGCUUUGGAAAGACAUCAACAUUGGGCCUCUUGGUCGGUACAUAUUCAAUGUUCCCGUUCCUGAUGUUCCUACGGAAUGGAAGAUUAGUGCCUUUGGAGUAGGAGAGUCAAGCGGGUUUGGUAUCAUGUCCAGGAGCAUUUCAUUUUCCAGUGUCAAACCAUUCUACAUGAAUGUGGAAAUGCCAAGCAAGAUUCGUCUGGGUGAGCAGGUUGGCAUCCGUGUUACAGUAUUCAACUAUAGGCUUUACGAGACAGAGAUUCUAGUCACAUUGGCCAACUCUCCUGAUUACAAGUUCGUGCUCGUGGGACCACUUGGACGUGUGGCAUCUUAUGCACCAAAGACAUCAUUUGGGGAGCACCAACACUUACUCUUUAUAAAGCCAGGAAAAUCAGAAGUCGUGUAUUUGCCAAUUGUUCCCGUUCGCAUUGGAGAGAUCAAUGUAACCGUGAUGUCCAAGACACAGAUUGCAAAAGACAUGGUUACACGCACACUUCUUGUUGAGUCUGAUGGUAUACCUCAAGUUCGUCACACUUCAUUUGUGCUGGAUUUAUCGCAAGGAGCUUAUUUACUUAAAUACCUGGACACCAACAUAACCGAAACUCCCAUCUUUCCUUAUCGGCGGGAUCGUCUAUAUAUCUUUGGAAGUAACAAGGCAACACUCUCAGUUGUUGGUGAUGUAGUUGGGCCAGCCUUUCCAACAAUGCCUGUAAAUGCCACCAGUCUCCUCCAUAAACCCAUCUACUGUGCUGAACAGAACAUGUUUGGGUUCGGAGCAAACCUAUAUACAUUGUUCUACUUACGCCUGACGAACCAACGAAAUAUUGCCAUUGAGAAGCAGGCUUUCAAAUACCUCAAUAUUGCUUAUCAACGCCAACUUACAUACCAAAACAGUGACGGUAGUUUUAGUGCUUUCCGUUGGCACAGCAGGCCAAGUGUCUGGCUGACAGCAUUUUGUGCACGAGUGUUCUCCAAGGCAACUUUCCAAGAGUGGGAACAUUUUCUCUUCAUUGACCCAAAAGUCAUCAACAAUGCCAUCAGUUGGCUGGUAGACAGGCAGGGGCCAGAGGGAGCCUUCCACGAAACAUCUCUCUACACUUAUGACCGAAAGAUGGCCCUUGUUUCCGAGAGACCCGAAGACUCAGUGCGAUUCUGCAACAUAUCUCUGACGGCACACGUGCUGAUUACACUUGCAGAUAUUAAAGAUGUCAGAGGCGACCUCGGUGCAAGGGUGGCCACAGCCCGUAGGGCGGCAGCUCACUACCUGGAGCGCAUGUUGCAUAUUAUCCAAAAGUUUGAGGAUCCCUACGAGUUGGCCAUCGUGGCCUACGCGCUCACGUUGGUCAACAGUGUCGACGGGCAGACUGCCUUCAACUUGCUGGAUGAGAAGAUGCGGGAGACGGGUGGGAUGAGGUACUGGUCACGGGAAGCUUUGCCACCACCUGCAGUGGUCAUCGAAAAUAACCGUCCGUACCUGCAGCCUCGACUUCCAUAUACAUAUGAUGCCUCCAACAUAGAGAGCACAGCCUACGGGCUUCUGGUGCAUGUGGCCAGGCAAGCGGUCAUCCAGAAAGACAUUGUCGACUGGCUCAAUUCACAGAGGCUGAGCAGUGGAGGAUGGGCCUCGACACAGGAUACACUGCUUGCUAUGCAAGCCCUGUCAGAGUACGCUAUACAGUCCCGACUACGAGAUGUCACUGACAUCACAGUGACAGUGGAGGUACCUUCCACACCUGGCUUUACUCGAAAACUACACAUUGGAAAAGAUAAUCUAUCGACACUUCAAACACUUACUAUUCCAAAUGCUUGGGGUGUUAUCAUUUUGAGGGCUCAAGGAGCUGGGCUAGCCAUUGUGCAGUUGCAUGUGGAAUACAACAUAGACACGUGGCCCUAUCUAGUAACGCAGCCUCCUGUGCCAGCAUUUUCCCUCAACGUCAGACAUCAGUCCUAUGGCAGAAAUAGCUCACACGUUACCUUCCGUUCCUGCCAAAGUUGGAUUCGUACUGAAGAAAGUGUCACUAGUGGCAUGGCUGUGCUUGAAGUGAACCUCCCUUCUGGCUACUACAUCCAGCAGCAAACACUUGAUGCAUAUGUUCGUUCUGGAGUGGUGCGCAAUUUACGCGAGGCACGCUACGAGGAGAAAAAGGUUGAAAUGUUCUUUGACUAUUUGGAUGCCUCACCAAUUUGUGUCAACUUCACAGCACAGCGCUGGUACCCCAUAGCCAACAUGACACGUUUCAUCUCCAUCCGUGUGUAUGAUUACUAUGCCCCAGAGAGGUUCAAUGAAACCCUCUUUGAGGUGUACAAUCUGUUUGCCCUCAGCAUAUGCCACGUUUGUGGGUCCUACCAGUGCCCUUACUGUCCAGUGUUCAGUGCUGGGCCUACCUCUGCUCCUCACAUUUUGCCUGCAGUGACCUUCAGUGUAGUUCUUGUAGUUACAUUCAGGUGGGUUUUGUACGGGCAAAGUGACUAGAUGGUGAGUGAUAAACGGUGCAAAUGUGCUGCUGAAAACAAUGCUUCGUGAUCAAGAUCCUUCGAAAGCCAGACACAAGCAAGGUUUUGCAGUGAAACAUGUACAGCACAUUAUGGACAACAGGCCUUGUGAGAGAAAUGUGAUGCAUUCUUUUGCAUGGGCACUAAUAACUGACGCUUCUUGCCGUGAAGUGCCCUUAGUUGCCAAAAAAUUGUUACUGCAUUGUCUGUGUAGACCUUAUGUGUGUAUGUGACUAUUGCAAAUACUUUUCUCUGGCCGUGUGCUUUCAUGGCCCCUGUAUCACAUUUGUUUUUGUCCCUAGUACCAUCAAGUACAACACCAUAUGUUACGCAUGUCUCACUCUUUUUUAGAAACUGUGUGACUCAGGUGCAUACCUGUUGUAGGCUCUUCACAUUUUGUGCAAACGAACAAAUAGCAAGCAGUUUUGAUAGAUCUGUUGUUAUUGAAUGCGCCAAUGGAGUGCAGUACUACUGUCCUGCCUCUCAUAGCAAAUCUUAGGGAUUUUGGAUUCUGACCCUUCUUUUGUUUGUUGUAUGUCAUCAUUAGCUUUGAACCAGUGGCAGCUGACAAGAGCAGCAGUACUAUUAGUAUCACCAUGUGAGUGAACAAAUAUGACAGAGUCCAAAGCAGUAUGCGCAUUGAAGCAUCUUAUUCUAAUUAACUAGAAGUCAUGCCAGUUGGUAGUUGUCACAAUGACGAGGGAGGUAUUUCCACAUCAUGCACACCUACAAUACCUGGUAAGGUAAUUUUACCACACUGUGUCAUAUAGUGAGAUCAAUUCACCAGCAUCACUCACUACUUUUUGUCUUUUGUGCUGCUUCCAGAUUUGUCUCAGCGAGUGUUUACCUAUUUUUCAGUACUUAAGAUAUUGAUGUUUGAAGAGAAACACCCGACUAGAGUCUUGUCGUUUCACACUUCUUGUCAGUUUUCUUACUUUGUAAGACAGAUACCCUUUUAAACUAAAUUUUUGAAGUGGUUAUCUGUUUUUGUUUGCGAACACGUUUGUGUAUGCACGCUGAGCACAUCCAUAAUUGUGAUUUUAUUUGCUGAUGUGACAUUUCUUAAAAGCAGGGAAUGUCAAGAGCUGCAUUUUGACAUGGUAACCCUGUAUGAACAAAGGUAUUGCUCAUAAACCGUUUGGACAAAUGCACUAGCGAAGCAUUUUAUCCAGUUUACAAACCUAUGCAUUUCUGUUUGUAUAUUCAUUGUUUAGCAGUACAGGAAAACUAUACUGUCUUUGUCUAGAAAGCAGGUGUGUGUCUUCCUUGGCCACUUGUGUGCCCCCUUAUCUAAAUGUACAAUAUUUUCUACACA